GACUGUACUACACACCCAGGCAGACUACACAGUCAAGCAAAGAGAAGGCUGACUAUGAGUGUGGAAAGUGGUGCAGGGGGAACACCGAAGACUUCCUUAAAAGGAGACGUUAGUUGGCAUGUGUAUUAGGAAAGGCAAUUUUAUUUUGAUCAAAUUACCGUACUUCUAAAUAUUAUAGCAAUAGAAAAUGGGGAAAUGCUAAUGAAAUUAAAUUGAAGAUUGUUCAAUAAAUGUGCAGCUAAAAAUAGAUUUGUGGCAAUUAAGAUCUCGUCAUCGUUUGAGUGAUCUCCCUUGUUUGGCCGAUCCGUUUCGGUGAACGAAGAAGCUUUCAGAGUUGGAAGCCGCCGCCGCGAGUGGAAGAAGAAGAAGCCAGAUCGAAAUGCCGAAGGAAAAUCCUGCGAGUAAGCCAGCGGCAUCUCAGCCACCAGCUUCUCCUUCUCGUUCUGCAUCUCAAAACGAAAAUGAAACACCAAAAGAACAACCGAAGAGUGCUUUCGAAGAUACGAUGGUAUUGUCCUUGGUCCAACGAUUCUUCAAGUCGGCCGUCGUUACCUUCGGAGUGUGGCUGGUCGGAUAUUUCAACUUCAGUUUCAGCUGGUUAUUACUGGGACUUGUUGUGUACGGUUGGAGAGAAAGAUUCACCCAGGUCCGAGAUAUGCAAAUAGAAAUUUCGCAGACUGCGGCCCGUGACGAGAAGAAAUCUAUCCUGGCCCGUGUGGAAGAUCUACCAUCCUGGGUAUACUUCCCCGAUGUUGAGAGAGCUGAGUGGAUUAACCAUAUACUCAGUCAAGUUUGGCCGUAUGUUGGUAUAUAUGUCCAGAACUUACUCACCAAAACUGUUGAACCAAAGAUCAAGGAGAAUUUACCUGCAGCUUUACAGUCAUUUAAAUUUGAGAAGAUUGAUUUGGGUGAUAUUCCUCCUAGAGUCGGUGGAGUGAAAGUCUAUUCUGAAAGAGUCAAGCGAGACGAGAUCUACAUGGAUAUUGAGAUUCUAUAUAGCAGUGAUGCAGAUGUUGCUGUCAGUAUCAAAGGUAUCACUGCUGGAAUCAAAGACCUCCAGAUUCGAGGGACAUUACGAGUUGUCUUCAAGCCCCUCAUGAAUGUCAUGCCUCUGUUUGGUGGAUUAAAUGUUUACUUUCUGAACAACCCGUCUAUUGACUUCAACCUGACAAGUUUGGCCAAUGCUUUCGAUGUCCCUGGUUUCAGUGAAAUGUUGCGUAGUAUCGUACAAGACCAAAUAUUUUCAAUAAUGGUACUUCCCAACCGUAUUUCUGUGCCUCUUGCAGAAAAUGUUGAUGCCAACAGGUUGAGGUAUCCAUUACCAAAGGGUGUUUUGAGAAUCCAUAUGCUUGGAGCUGCAGAUCUGAAGAGAGCUGACUUUGGUGUGUUGAAGAAAGGGUCUUCAGAUCCUUACUCUGUUCUAAGGAUUGGAUCUCAGAAAUUCAAAACCAAGACCAAGAACAACACUCUUACUCCAGUUUGGGACGAAUCAUUUGAGGCUGUCAUUGACGAAAAAAGUGGGCAAUACAUGGACAUUAAUGUAUUUGAUGAAGAUCCCGGUAACAAAGAUGAUGAACUUGGGAAUGUCAGUCUGGAUAUAGAACCAGUUUCCAAGAAAGGUGUAAUGGAUGCUUGGCUCCCUCUCCGAGAUAUUGAGAGUGGAAUGGUCCAUGUGAAAUUAGUAUGGUUGAACCUUUGCAAUAAUCCUACAGAGAUCGACAGGAAUAAAUUAAAAAUGGAAACUACCUCCAAGCAAGCUUUGAAACAGAUGAAGAGUGAAUCAAACAACUCAGAAAAUUUAUCAAGCUGUAUCUUGAUGGCAUGUGUUGAUUCUGCCAAAGAUUUACCUAAAUCGAAGAAAUCAUUAAUGGAACCAAGCCCGUAUGUUGAAUUGGUGUUGGGCCAACAGAAAGAAAAGACUAACAUACAGACCUCCACAAUUAAUCCCAAAUGGGCAGAGAAUUUCAGAUUUCUUGUUCAUGAUCCUUACUUUCAAGAUCUCACUGCCUUGGUAUAUGAUAAGAAUACUAGCAAACUGAUCGGAGAGUGCAAAAUACUUUUGAAAAACCUCCUUUCUGCAACAGACAUGACAAUAGACCAGUUGUUUGAUAUGAAGGGAGGCGACUCAACAUCAACAUCAAAACUUCGAUUGCAACUAGUUUUGCGAAUUCUCUCCAAUGAAUAUAAGGAUGAGUGGCAGGAAACUGAAGAUUUAUUGCUCUCAGAAGAUAAACUCCCUCCCAAAACUGAAAAACCCGUUGGUGAAAACCUUGAGGAUUUGUCAUCCCAUAUGGAUAGUUCUGUUGAUCCAGUUAGUGUCUAUGAAUCAGCUUCUUCUCCACUUGAGGCUGGCCACCUCUCAAGUGACUUGGAUGAUUUGGCAACCCAAAGCCCUUCCAUGGAAGGACUGAGGCAAAGAAAAUCACUCUCCCCAAGCAUUGAAAGUGCUGGACAACAUGGACGUGGUCGAAUUCAACUGACCCUCCGAUAUAGCUGCCUCAGACAAAAACUGGUGGUUGUUGUCCACAAAUGUGUUAACUUGCUGCCCUGUGAUGAUGAUAACCUUGCAGACCCUUAUGUCAGGAUGUAUCUACUCCCAGACAAGAGUAGCACCAGCAAGAGAAAAACUGAAGUGGUUAAAAACAGUCUGAAUCCCAUCUAUGAUUUAACCUUUGAAUUUGCUGUAGCCCCUGGUGAACUAGCUACCCGCACACUGGACAUAGCAGUCAAGCAUAACAAAUCCAUGUUCUCUAGUGAUCGCCAGAUCAUUGGUGUGGCCUUCAUACAGCUCCACAAUAUUGAAGAUUCAAAAGCUGUGACUGACUUUUUUGAUCUUCAACCAGAAGACUGUGUUGAGAAAAUCUCAAUUGAUUCAGAAAAUUAAUAUAUUUUCAAUUUUUUUAUUUAUAUAUUUUUUUCUGUGAGUUCAGUUUUAUUCAAAAUUUAUGACAGUUGCAAAUAUGCUUCUUUUUUUUUUUCAUUUCCCAAUUAUUUUUGCUGCUAACACUAACAUAUCAAUAUGUUCCUGCAAGCACUGUUUUCUUAUUUCUUUGGCUCCAUCAACAUAAGCAAAGGAAACAUUUCUUAUCUUUGCUACUUGAAAUUCGUUCAGCUGCUUCAAUUUCUAGCGGGUAGAGGGAACAAAAUACUUAUAACUUAACACUUUUGCAUUUGAACAUUUCUCAAAGUUUAACAACUGAUUCUGUAUAUAGCCUGUUUCCAUAAGUCUUGCUAUCUACCAAGUUGGCAUUUAGUAUCAAAUUCUUAUAAAUACAAUAUUACAGCUCUAUUCAUUGAUUAUUCCAUCUUGUUAAUAUGCUCAGCUGGACUCAUUUCACUUUAAAUGAGCCUCAAGUAAUGACUUACAUAUAAUUGAAUUAUAUGUAAAAAACUGAAAAACAUUAAUUUUUAUGAUUUUACUCAGGUCUUUUUGACCAACAAUUAUUUUAGUCCAUCCUUGUACUAUUUUAUUGCAAAACACAUUAACAUUGACCGACUGUAAAAUCUGGACUUCAAACUCUGAAUUAUUUUUGGUCCUUUAAAUAUUAUUACUCAUGAUAAAUGUGUAAAAUUUGUAUUUUUUUAACUUCUUCAAAAUAAUUCUGUCCAUGUAAACUUUUUGUGAAAAACGCAAAUUGUAAACUCAUUUUGUUAUUAAUUACUCUUCCAUGACAACUACAAUUUUGAUUUCUGUUAUCAAACCCAUUUAAUAUUCUGCUGGUCAUAGACUACUGAGCUGCCAGUGUGCUUACAGUCAAUACUGGUAUCAACUUAAAGCUAAUACAUAUAGUUUAUAUUGAUCAAUUACUUGUAUGUUGUAUCUUCAACAACAACAACAAUAAUAAUGAUGAUGCUGUUGGUGGUGUCUACGUCUUCCUGCAGUAGUUCAGCCUAUGGAAACAUUUCAUCUCAGUCCCAUAGAACUAAGAAAAUUCUUCUAAGUUAUUUAAUGAUUUAAAUUUAUGCUGCAGUCAGUUACAUCUUUUACGACACCUGUUUGUCACUGGAAGGACAUUUGCCAGCAAGAUUUAAGUGACUUUGAGAAGGAAACAUUGCAGUGUGGGAGAAAGGUCACCAUCAACAUUUUUGUUUUUUGCUUCUUUGCUGUCAAUAGGCACCUUAAUAUCUCAGCUGAAUACAGCUUUUAUGGUAUUUCAAAGCCAAGCUCUUAUUCUGUUUUAUUUUAUGAAUUCUUAUUUUUGUGUUGCUAGACUGUUUUUGCUUAAUUACUACUGCACUCUAAUUUUUCAUAAUUGCAUCUUUAUUAUGGGAAUAUUUAUCCGAUGGAGGAAUGUCAGAAAAUAUUAAGUCGUUUAUAAUUUUACCAAUAUAUUAGCAUAAACACACAAAGCAUUUAAUCAUUGAUGCUAUUCACUGUGUUUUAUUUUUCUAUACAUAUAUUUUGUUUCUUUCCAUUAGUUUAGUCUAAUAUACACAUAUACAUACAUACAUACAUACAUACAUACAUACAUAUAUAUAUAUAUACACACCUAUACAACACAAUGUAAUUAUUAUUAUUAGUUGUUUCACUGUGAGCACUCUAAUUUUGCUUGUGCCUUAAUCCACAGCUGACAUGUGAUUUGCAUAAAACCACAAAAUACACCAUUUGCUUCUUCUCUACAAACUGCUUUAAAAUUGUGAAAUAUUUACAUUCAUUUGCUACACUUAUCCAUAGAGUUUACAACAAGUAGUGCUAAAUGAUUUUAUUUUUUUAUGAUAGCAAGUCUCCGUUCGUAAAUAUACAAAUAUAUAAAUCAAAACAAAAUGAAAUUUUUAAUUCAUGUUACAUUUUUGUUCUGCUUAAUUAUUUUUCUAUUUCAUUGUUUUCUUCAAACCAUGUGAGUUGUGUUGCUUUUGUUUUAAAACUAUUGUUUCUGAAACUAUUUUGAAGAACUUUAUUGAACAUUUUGGAUGGUUGUAAUCUCACAACACUAACUUAUACUAAAAUAAUUAAACAUUUAUCACUUGCUUUUUUUUCCCCCCUAAAACAGCUAAGUGAUAAUUAAUUUUAAAAUGGCAAUUAAUACUGAAUUCUUUAUAGAUAGUAAUUAUUAUAUACAGAGUUAUGAAUUUAAAAAAAUAUAAUUUUGUAACUUUUGUGAUUUUUCUUUUUCGGUAUGGAAUACUUUUUUAUAUUAAGAACUCAAUACUCAAAAGAUUAUUCCCUUUUUUUUUUUUAUGGUAACUUUGCUGAACUUUUAUUUUGUUGUAUUCAUUCUUGAAUCUAUUGAUAUAAUAAACCUCAUCUAUUUCAGAAUAAAUCAGCUAAAUAAGUAGGUGGAAAGGGCAAGGUUUCCGUUUUUCUGUUCAAACUCGUCCUUUGUAAGUUUGCAUUUGCAUCAAUUCUUCUUAAGGAAGAAUUUAAACAUUAGUUGGGAAACUCAUUGCAGUAAUAAUUCCUCAAGUGAGCCACACGGUACCCACUGAGGGAGACUUACGUUUGGUAGUGCUGUAAAAUCUUGCAUGGAACCAUUGGAAAGAUAAUAAUUGUUAAAAAAAGACUAGUUUGAAAACUGAGUUAUUUUUAAAAAUUAAAUUUCUGAUAUUUCUUAAAAGAUCUGAAAUGUUUUAGUGACACCCCUCCUCUUUUUGAAUGUUUAUUAUAAUAUUGGGUAUAAGGUAUUUGUGUUUUAUUGAGUCCAGCAUACUCAAGAAUUUUUUUUAUUAAUUUAUUAGUCAUUUCCUUUUUAAAUUUCAUCUCUCAACAUUGCCUGUAACUUACUUGAAGUAAAAACAUAAUGGAGGUUAAACCUUGUCUUAUUCAGAUCUGGUGGGUUUUUUUUAUUCUUUACUUGACUGUAAGAACCAUUUUCUAUUGAAAUACUCACACACACACACUUUUAUAUAUAAAGGAAUUUAAAAGAAGAACCAGCAUUUAAGACAAACCUACACAGUGGAAGACCAUCAAAUGUGAUUAUUGGCACAAAUCACUCGCAAAUAAGCGUUUGAUUCAUGCACACAAACAAAUCACAACCUACUUCAUAUAUAUAUAUAUGUACUUCAUAUAUAUAUGUAUAUAUAUAUAUAUAUAUAUAUAUAUAUAUAUAUAUAACUAUAUUUCUUUAGAGAGAAUUAAAUACAGGAAAAUGUUUCCAUUCUUAAGCUGGAGUUUGGAACAAGAAGUUCUGACACAGAAUUAUUAUGGAAGAUUUUAAUUGAAAUAUGAACACUUGAAAUGAAGAAGGUUUUGAUUUUCAUAUGACGCUAAGUGAAAUCAAGCUGGCUGAUUGGCAAAAAGUUAAAGUAAUUAAGGCUAAGAAUGGUCAGAGUAAUGAAAACUUACAGCAAUAGUCUGGUAAAGAAGCAGCUGUUCUCCUGACAAACACAAUGGUGAUUAGCAUAUUUGUAUUCAAAUCUGCCAACACAUAUUAGAAAUAAGUAUGCAAGUCAUUGUUUACUUGUUUCAGUCAUUUGACUGUUAAACAUUUCAGAAUUUUAUGAGUCUUUAAGUUUCUUUCACUUUCAAGGAAUAUAUGCAUGUGUCAGUGUGUGUGCGUGUGCCGUGUGAAAAGCCCUCUGUAUAUUCUGUAAAGUGGUUUGCAUUAGGAAGGCCAUCCAGCCAUAGAAACCAUUCCAAAACAGUAAUGGCUCCUGGUGUAGCCUCCGGCCUUACCAGCUCCUGUCAGACUGUCUUAACCCAUGCCAGCUUGGAAAACGGACAUUAAAUGAUGAGGAUGAUAGUGUGUGUGUAUGUAUGUAUGUAUGUGUGUGAGUGUGUAUAUAUAUAUAUAUAUAUGCACACACACACACACACACACACAUACAUAUAUAUAUAUAUAUAUAUAUAUAUACACAUAUAUAUAUGUACACACAUACACACUGGCAUAUAUAUAUGAACUAAGGACACAAAUACUCAGCAUAAUAUAGCUUUUAUGUAUAUAUGAUAUUUACAAUCUGCAUUUAAGUUCCUAUUUUUUGGUGUUGGGAGUCAAAUGUUCAGAUUUCUUUAAAGUUAUCUUUGUAAUUUGUAAAGCCAUUUCAUCCUUUUGUAACUUAUCAACCAGCUAUAAUUAUUAACCAAGGUAUGCUGUUGCUAUUUUUAGAAUUUUUUUUCUUUUUUAUAUAUGUAAUCAAUAAAUUUUAAAUUGAAGCAAUAAAA